GAGUUUCUGCUGAAAUAUCAGCUGUUAACCUUAUGGGGACUCCCUUUGGCUAAGGUCCUCUCCCUGGGAUCCGACCGAAAUCAGCAGUUGUGUGAUCCUGGUGAAUUUCUUUGCCACGAUCACGUGACUUGUGUCUCCCAGAGCUGGCUGUGUGAUGGGGACCCUGACUGCCCUGAUGAUUCAGACGAAUCUUUAGAUACCUGUCCUGAGGAGGUAGAAAUCAAGUGCCCCUUGAAUCACAUUGCUUGCCUUGGUGCCAACAAAUGUGUUCAUUUAUCCCAGCUCUGCAACGGCGUCCUGGACUGCUCAGAUGGGUAUGAUGAAGGAGUUCAUUGCCGUGAACUGUUGCCCAAUUGCCAGCAGUUGAAUUGUCAGUAUAAAUGUGCCAUGGUCAGAAAUAGUACAAUGUGUUUCUGUGAGGACGGAUUUGAAAUAAAAGAAGAUGGAAGAAGCUGUAAAGAUCAAGAUGAAUGUGCUGUUUAUGGUACAUGCAGCCAGACCUGCAUAAAUACGUAUGGAUCCUAUGCUUGUAGUUGCGUGGAGGGCUACAUAAUGCAGCCAGACAGCAGAUCCUGCAAAGCCAAAAAUGAACCUACAGAUAGGCCGCCUUUGCUGUUAAUUGCAAAUUCUGAAACAAUUGAGGUUUUCUAUCUUAAUGGAAGUAAAAUGGCAACCCUGAGCUCAAUCAAUGGAAAUGAAAUUCAUACUCUGGAUUUUAUUUACAAUGAAGAUAUGAUUUGUUGGAUUGAAUCGAGAGAAUCUUCAAAUCAGCUCAAAUGUAUCCAGAUAACAAAAACAGGAAAAUUAACAGAUGAAUGGACAAUCAGUAUUCUUCAAUCCUUUCACAAUGUGCAACAAAUGGCGAUUGACUGGCUCACCAGAAAUCUCUAUUUUGUGGACCAUGUCAGUGACCGGAUCUUUGUGUGUAAUUACAACGGGUCUGUGUGUGUCACCCUGAUUGACCUGGAACUUCAUAAUCCUAAAGCAGUAGCAGUAGAUCCAAUAGCAGGAAAACUUUUCUUUACUGACUAUGGGAAUGUGGCCAAAGUGGAGCGAUGUGACAUGGAUGGGAUGAACAGAACAAGGAUAAUUGAUUCCAAGACAGAGCAGCCAGCUGCACUGGCACUAGACCUAGUGAACAAAUUGGUUUACUGGGUAGAUCUUUCCUUGGACUAUGUGGAAGUAGUGGACUAUCAAGGAAAAAACAGACAUACUAUCAUCCAAGGCAGACAAGUCAAACAUCUUUAUGGUAUAACUGUGUUUGAAGACUAUUUGUAUGCAACCAAUUCUGAUAACUUCAAUAUCAUACGGAUAAACCGAUUUAAUGGCACUGAUAUUCAUUCCUUAAUUAAAAUGGAAAAUGCUCGAGGGAUCCGAAUCUAUCAAAAAAGAACUCAACCAACAGUCAGAAGCCAUGCAUGUGAAGUGGAUCCAUACGGAACGCCAGGGGGAUGUUCACACAUCUGUCUGCUCAGCAGCGGUUACAAAGCACGGACCUGUCGCUGCAGGACUGGCUUCAACUUGGGAAGUGAUGGCAGGUCAUGCAAAAGACCAAAGAAUGAGUUGUUUCUCUUUUAUGGGAAAGGACGCCCAGGAAUUGUUAGAGGAAUGGACUUGAAUACCAAGAUAGCUGAUGAAUACAUGAUCCCCAUAGAAAAUCUGGUAAACCCUCGUGCUUUAGAUUUUCAUGCAGAAACCAAUUAUAUCUACUUUGCUGACACCACCAGUUUCCUAAUUGGCCGGCAGAAGAUAGAUGGCACAGAGCGAGAAACCAUCCUGAAAGACGAUCUGGAUAAUGUGGAGGGCAUUGCUGUGGACUGGAUUGGAAAUAACCUUUACUGGACAAAUGAUGGCCAUAGGAAGACCAUUAACGUGGCUAGGCUGGAAAAGGCUUCUCAGAGUCGGAAGACUCUCCUAGAGGGAGAAAUGUCCCAUCCCAGAGGGAUUGUGGUGGAUCCUGUUAAUGGUUGGAUGUAUUGGACAGACUGGGAGGAAGAUGAAAUAGAUGACAGCGUGGGAAGGAUUGAGAAGGCCUGGAUGGAUGGCUUCAAUCGGCAGAUUUUUGUGACUUCAAAGAUGCUGUGGCCAAACGGCUUAACUCUGGACUUUCACACCCACACAUUAUACUGGUGUGAUGCCUAUUAUGAUCAUAUUGAAAAAGUGUUUUUGAAUGGAACUCACAGGAAGAUUGUUUACAGUGGGAAAGAGUUGAACCAUCCUUUUGGACUGUCACAUCAUGGGAAUUAUGUGUUCUGGACUGAUUAUAUGAAUGGUUCCAUUUUUCAACUAGAUUUGAUAACGAAUGAAGUGACAUUACUGAGGCGUGAAAGACCACCCCUGUUUGGGCUUCAGAUUUAUGAUCCUCAAAAGCAACAAGGUGACAACAUGUGCCGAGUAAAUAACGGAGGCUGUAGUACAUUGUGCUUGGCCAUUCCAGGAGGCCGAGUAUGUGCUUGUGCUGAUAAUCAACUUUUAGAUGAAAAUGGGACCACUUGCACAUUUAAUCCUGGAGAAGAAUUACCUCACAUUUGUAAAGCUGGAGAAUUUCGCUGCAAAAACAGACACUGUAUCCAAGCUCGGUGGAAAUGUGAUGGCGAUGAUGACUGUCUAGAUGGAAGUGAUGAAGAUUCAGUCAGUUGCUUCAAUCAUAGCUGUCCUGAUGAUCAGUUUAAAUGCAAGAAUAAUCGCUGUAUCCCCAAAAGAUGGCUUUGUGAUGGAACUAAUGAUUGUGGAAGUAAUGAAGAUGAAUCCAGUCAGACUUGCGCAGCCAGAACAUGCCAGGUGGACCAGUUUUCUUGUGGAAAUGGGCGCUGCGUUCCCAGAGCAUGGCUGUGUGACCGGGAAGACGACUGUGGGGACCAGACCGACGAAAUAGCAUCUUGUGAAUUCCCAACUUGUGAGCCACUAACUCAAUUUGCAUGCAAAAGUGGAAGAUGCAUUAGCAGCAAAUGGCACUGCGACUCUGAUGAUGACUGUGGGGACGGGAGUGAUGAGGUUGGCUGUGUCCAGUCCUGCUUUGAUAAUCAGUUCAGAUGUUCCAGUGGCAGAUGUAUCCCAGGCCAUUGGGCCUGUGAUGGUGACAAUGACUGUGGAGACUUCAGUGAUGAAAUCAAUUGUACCAGUGGCUUAAUUGCAAAAAUUAAAUGCAUGUUGUUGCUAUUUUCUUAAGGGAGAUGCAUCAACAAAGCCUGGGUAUGCGAUGGAGAUAUCGAUUGCGAAGAUCAAUCAGACGAAGAUGACUGUGACAGUUUCUUGUGUGGGCCACCCAAGUACCCUUGUGCUAAUGACACUUCAGUCUGCCUGCAGCCAGAGAAACUCUGCAAUGGGAGAAGGGAUUGUCCUGAUGGGUCUGAUGAAGGCGACCUCUGUGAUGAAUGUUCACUGAACAAUGGAGGCUGUAGCAACCACUGUUCUGUUGUUCCUGGAAGAGGAAUUGUCUGUUCUUGCCCUGAAGGACUUCAACUCAGCAGAGACAAUAAAACAUGUGAAAUUGUAGAUUAUUGCAGCAAUCAUCUGAAGUGCAGUCAAGUGUGUGAGCAGCACAAGCACACAGUCAAGUGCUCAUGUUAUGAAGGGUGGAAGCUGGAUGUGGAUGGUGAAAGUUGCACAAGUGUCAAUCCUUUUGAAGCAUUCAUCAUCUUUUCUAUUCGCCAUGAGAUCAGAAGGAUUGAUCUUCAUAAAAGAGACUAUAGUUUACUUGUUCCUGGAUUGAGAAACACAAUAGCACUUGAUUUUCACUUCAAUCAAAGUUUACUUUAUUGGACAGAUGUUGUAGAAGACAGAAUAUACCGGGGCAAGCUUUCUGAAAGUGGAGGUGUCAGUGCUAUUGAAGUGAUUGUGGAGCAUGGCCUGGCUACCCCAGAAGGACUAACAGUUGACUGGAUAGCAGGCAACAUAUACUGGAUAGACAGCAAUCUGGACCAAAUCGAAGUGGCCAAACUAGAUGGUUCCUUGAGAACUACACUCAUAGCAGGAGCUAUGGAACACCCCAGGGCCAUCGCUUUGGACCCAAGAUAUGGAAUUCUUUUCUGGACAGAUUGGGAUGCCAACUUUCCUCGCAUUGAAUCUGCCUCCAUGAGUGGUGCUGGGAGAAAAACCAUCUACAAAGACAUGAAAACAGGGGCUUGGCCUAAUGGACUCACUGUGGACCACUUUGAGAAAAGGAUAGUUUGGACAGAUGCCAGGUCAGAUGCCAUUUAUUCAGCCCUGUAUGAUGGAACAGGCAUGAUAGAAAUCAUCCGAGGUCAUGAAUACCUUUCUCAUCCCUUCGCUGUGUCUCUAUAUGGGAGUGAUGUCUAUUGGACGGACUGGAGGACCAACACAUUGUCAAAAGCCAAUAAGUGGACAGGGCAGAAUGUCAGUGUGAUUCAGAAAACUAGUGCACAGCCAUUUGACCUUCAGAUAUACCAUCCCAGUCGUCAGCCACAGGCUCCCAAUCCCUGUGCAGCUAAUGAUGGCAGAGGCCCCUGCUCUCAUAUGUGUCUGAUCAAUCAUAAUAGGAGUGCUGCUUGUGCUUGCCCACACUUGAUGAAGCUUUCCUCAAAUAAGAAGACCUGCUAUGAAAUGAAAAAAUUUCUUCUUUAUGCAAGACGUUCUGAAAUCAGAGGAGUGGAUAUUGAUAAUCCAUAUUUUAACUUUAUCACGGCCUUUACAGUCCCUGAUAUUGAUGAUGUUACUGUGAUAGACUUUGAUGCAUCUGAAGAACGUUUAUACUGGACAGACAUUAAGACACAAACCAUUAAACGGGCUUUUAUUAAUGGAACUGGAUUAGAAACUGUUAUUUCAAGAGAUAUUCAGAGUAUCAGAGGGUUAGCCGUGGACUGGGUCUCACGUAAUUUAUACUGGAUUAGCUCAGAAUUUGAUGAAACGCAAAUUAACGUGGCAAGACUAGAUGGCUCCUUGAAAACCUCAAUUAUCCAUGGAAUCGAUAAGCCACAGUGUCUAGCAGCUCACCCAGUCAGGGGGAAACUCUACUGGACGGAUGGAAACACAAUUAAUAUGGCAAAUAUGGAUGGCAGUAAUAGCAAGAUUCUCUUUCAGAAUCAAAAGGAACCGGUUGGACUAUCAAUAGACUACAUGGAAAACAAACUUUAUUGGAUCAGUUCAGGAAAUGGAACCAUAAACAGAUGCAACCUGGAUGGUGGUAAUUUAGAAGUAAUAGAGUCAAUGAAAGAAGAAUUAACAAAAGCUACAGCCCUAACCAUCAUGGAUAAGAAACUGUGGUGGGCAGACCAAAACUUAGCUCAGCUGGGAACCUGCAGCAAAAGAGAUGGAAGAAACCCCACUGUUCUAAGAAAUAAGACUUCUGGGGUCGUUCAUAUGAAAGUGUAUGAUAAAGAAGCACAGGAAGGCAGCAAUUCCUGCCAACUAAAUAAUGGUGGAUGUUCUCAGCUUUGUUUACCAACAUCUGAAACUACAAGGACUUGCAUGUGUACAGUUGGAUAUUAUCUCCAAAAGAACCGCAUGUCAUGUCGAGGUAUAGAGUCAUUUCUUAUGUACUCUGUUCAUGAAGGAAUCAGGGGAAUACCUCUGGAACCAAGUGACAAAAUGGAUGCCUUGAUGCCUAUAUCAGGAACUUCAUUUGCUGUGGGAAUAGAUUUCCAUGCAGAAAAUGAUACCAUCUACUGGACAGACAUGGGCUUCAAUAAAAUUAGCCGAGCUAAAAGAGAUCAGACUUGGAAAGAAGAUAUCAUCACCAAUGGCUUGGGAAGAGUGGAAGGGAUAGCUAUUGACUGGAUUGCUGGUAACAUAUAUUGGACGGAUCAUGGUUUCAACUUAAUUGAAGUUGCAAGACUCAGUGGCUCUUUUCGUUAUGUAAUUAUUUCCCAAGGCCUGGAUCAACCAAGAUCUAUAGCUGUGCACCCAGAAAAAGGCUACUUGUUCUGGACUGAAUGGGGACAGAUGCCAUCCAUUGGAAAGGCUCGUUUAGAUGGCUCAGAGAAGGUUAUCCUCGUAAGCAUGGGAAUAGCAUGGCCAAAUGGCAUCUCCAUUGACUAUGAGGAAAAUAAAUUGUAUUGGUGUGAUGCUCGUACAGACAAGAUAGAAAGAAUUGACCUUGAGACUGGCGGGAAUCGAGAGACGGUGCUGUCAGGGAGCAAUGUGGAUAUGUUUUCAGUUGCAGUCUUUGGGGCUUACAUCUACUGGUCUGACAGAGCACAUGCCAACGGGUCCAUCAGAAGGGGCCACAAGAAUGAUGCCACAGAAACUGUAACCAUGAGAACGGGUCUUGGAGUCAACCUGAAGGAGGUUAAAAUCUUUAACCGAGUAAGAGAGAAAGGGACCAAUGUUUGUGCCAAGGACAAUGGGGGAUGUCAGCAACUCUGUCUUUAUCGAGGAAAUUCCCAGAGAACUUGUGCUUGUGCCCAUGGAUAUUUGGCAGAGGAUGGAGUUACUUGCUUAAGGCAUGAAGGCUAUUUGCUGUAUUCAGGGAGAACAAUAUUAAAAAGUAUACAUCUUUCUGAUGAAACCAAUUUAAAUUCACCAAUAAGGCCAUACGAAAAUCCACAUUAUUUCAAGAAUGUCAUAGCUUUGGCUUUUGACUAUAAUCAAAGAAGAAAAGGCACCAACCGAAUCUUCUACAGCGAUGCACACUUUGGAAAUAUACAGCUUAUUAAAGAUAACUGGGAAGACAGACAAGUAAUCGUUGAAAAUGUGGGUUCUGUUGAAGGGCUUGCCUAUCACAGAGCCUGGGAUACACUGUACUGGACCAGCUCCACUACCUCAUCUAUCACCAGGCACACAGUGGACCAGACUCGGCCUGGAGCAUUUGACAGGGAAGCCAUCAUUGCCAUGUCAGAGGAUGACCAUCCUCAUGUGCUAGCCCUAGAUGAAUGCCAAAAUUUAAUGUUUUGGACCAACUGGAAUGAGCAGCAUCCAAGUAUCAUGAGAUCUACUCUGAUUGGGAAAAAUGCUCAAGUGGUGGUCAGUACAGACAUACUCACUCCAAAUGGACUCACCAUUGACCACCGUGCAGAGAAGCUGUAUUUCUCAGAUGGCAGCCUAGGAAAAAUUGAAAGGUGUGAAUAUGAUGGAUCCCAGAGACAUGUGAUUGUCAAAUCUGGGCCAGGGACUUUUCUCAGUUUGGCUGUGUAUGACAAUUAUAUCUUCUGGUCAGACUGGGGAAGAAGAGCUAUCCUGCGUUCCAACAAGUACACGGGAGGAGAUACAAAAAUUCUUCGUUCUGAUAUUCCACAUCAACCAAUGGGUAUCAUAGCUGUUGCCAGUGACACCAAUAGCUGUGAACUUUCUCCAUGUGCGUUACUGAAUGGAGGUUGCCAUGACCUGUGCCUUUUAACUCCUAACGGAAGAGUGAACUGUUCCUGCAGGGGGGAUCGAAUAUUGCUGAAUGACAACAGAUGUGUGACUAAAAAUUCUUCCUGCAAUAUUUAUUCAGAGUUUGAGUGUGGAAAUGGAGAAUGUAUUGAUUACCAGCUCACCUGUGAUGGCAUUCCUCAUUGUAAGGAUAAAUCAGAUGAAAAACUGCUCUACUGUGAAAACAGAAGCUGUCGAAGAGGUUUCAAGCCCUGCUACAAUCGUCGUUGUGUUCCUCACAGCAAGUUAUGUGAUGGUGGAAACGACUGUGGAGACAACUCUGAUGAAUUAGACUGUAAAGUUUCAACCUGUGCCACUGUUGAGUUCCGCUGUGCAGAUGGGACGUGCAUUCCAAGAUCAGCACGAUGCAACCAGAACCUAGAUUGUGCAGAUGCUUCAGAUGAAAAGAACUGCAAUAAUACAGACUGUACAUAUUUCUAUAAGCUUGGAGUGAAAACCACAGGAUUCAUAAGGUGUAAUUCUACCUCACUGUGUGUUCUGCCAACCUGGAUAUGCGAUGGGUCUAACGACUGUGGAGACUAUUCAGAUGAAUUAAAAUGCCCAGUUCAAAACAAACACAGAUGUGAAGAAAAUUAUUUUGGUUGUCCUAGUGGAAGAUGCAUUUUGAAUACCUGGGUAUGUGAUGGUCAGAAAGAUUGUGAGGAUGGACUUGAUGAAUUCCACUGUGAUUCCUCUUGUUCUUGGAACCAAUUUGCAUGUUCUGCACAAAAAUGUAUAUCUAAACACUGGAUUUGUGAUGGAGAGGCUGAUUGUGGAGAUGGAUUAGAUGAAAGUGAUAACAUUUGUGGUGCCAUCACCUGUGCGCCUGACAUGUUCAGCUGCCAGGGCUCCCGGGCCUGUGUUCCCCGACACUGGCUGUGUGAUGGUGAAAGGGACUGUCCAAAUGGAAGCGAUGAGCUCUCCACAGCAGGCUGUGCUCCCAAUAACACAUGUGAUGAAAAUGCUUUCAUGUGCCAUAAUAAAGUAUGCAUUCCCAAGCAAUUCGUUUGUGACCAUGAUGAUGACUGUGGAGAUGGCUCUGAUGAGUCACUGCAGUGUGGAUACCGACAGUGCAAUGCAGAAGAAUUUAGUUGUGCUGAUGGACGAUGUCUUUUAAAUACUCAAUGGCAGUGUGAUGGAGACUUUGACUGCCCAGACCAUUCUGAUGAAGCACCUAUAAACCCAAAGUGUAAAAGUGCAGAACAGUCAUGCAACAGUUCAUUUUUUAUGUGCAAAAAUGGCAGGUGCAUUCCCAGUGGAGGUCUUUGUGACAAUAAGGAUGACUGUGGCGAUGGAUCAGAUGAGAGAAACUGCCAUGUAAAUGAAUGCUUGAGUAGGAAAGUCAGUGGAUGUUCUCAAGAUUGUCAGGACCUUCCAGCCAGUUAUAAGUGCAAAUGCUGGCCUGGAUUUCAACUGAAGGAUGAUGGUAAAACAUGUGUAGACAUUGAUGAAUGCUCUUUGGGCUUUCCGUGUAGCCAGCAAUGCAUCAAUACAUAUGGGACCUACAGGUGCCUCUGUACAGAUGGAUAUGAAAUACAACCUGAUAACCCAAGUGGCUGCAAAUCACUCUCAGAUGAAGAACCUUUUCUAAUUCUUGCUGAUCAUCAUGAGAUAAGGAAAAUUAGCACUGAUGGCUCCAACUACACACUUUUAAAACAGGGAUUAAACAAUGUUAUCGGUAUAGACUUUGAUUACAGAGAAGAAUUUAUCUAUUGGAUUGAUUCUAGUCGACCCAAUGGCAGUCGCAUAAACAGAAUGUGUUUAAAUGGAAGUGAUAUUAAGGUAGUGCAUAACACAGCUGUCCCCAGUGCACUUGCUGUCGAUUGGAUUGGAAAAAACCUCUAUUGGUCUGACACAGAAAAAAGGAUCAUUGAAGUAUCCAAACUCAAUGGCUUAUACCCUACUAUACUUGUUAGCAAAAGGCUGAAGUUUCCCAGGGACCUGUCUUUAGAUCCUCGUGCUGGGUAUUUGUAUUGGAUUGACUGCUGUGAGUAUCCUCACAUUGGACGUGUUGGAAUGGAUGGAACCAAUCAGAGUGUUGUCAUAGAAACCAAGAUUUCUAGACCUAUGGCACUAACAAUAGAUUAUGUCAACCAUAGACUCUACUGGGCUGAUGAAAAUCAUAUUGAAUUUAGCAACAUGGAUGGAUCUCACAGACACAAAGUCCCUAAUCAAGAUAUUCCAGGGGUGAUUGCACUAACAUUGUUUGAAGACUACAUCUACUGGACUGAUGGGAAAACCAAGUCACUCAGCCGUGCCCAUAAAACCUCGGGAGCAGACAGACUCUCACUGAUUAACUCAUGGCAUGCCAUCACAGAUAUCCAGGUGUAUCAUUCUUAUAGACAACCUGAUGUCUCCAAACAUCGCUGUAUGACAAAUAAUGGAGGUUGUAGUCAUCUGUGCCUUUUAGCCCCUGGAAAGACUCACACCUGUGCAUGUCCUACCAACUUCUAUCUUGCAGCUGAUAACAGGACUUGCUUAUCCAACUGCACAGCCAGUCAGUUUCGUUGCAAAACUGAUAAAUGUAUUCCAUUCUGGUGGAAAUGUGACACCGUGGAUGACUGUGGUGAUGGAUCUGACGAACCAGAUGACUGUCCGGAAUUUAAAUGCCAGCCAGGCCGAUUUCAGUGUGGAACUGGGCUCUGUGCUCUGCCCGCUUUCAUCUGUGAUGGAGAGAAUGACUGUGGGGACAAUUCUGAUGAACUCAACUGUGACACACAUGUCUGCCUCUCAGGUCAGUUCAAGUGUACCAAGAACCAGAAAUGCAUCCCAGUAAACCUCAGAUGCAAUGGGCAGGAUGACUGUGGGGAUGAGGAAGAUGAAAGGGACUGUCCCGAAAACAGCUGCUCUCCAGACUAUUUCCAGUGUAAAACUACCAAACAUUGCAUUUCCAAGCUGUGGGUUUGCGACGAGGAUCCAGACUGUGCAGACGCAUCAGAUGAGGCCAACUGCGAUAAAAAGACUUGUGGUCCUCAUGAAUUCCAGUGUAAAAACAACAACUGUAUUCCAGAUCACUGGUGGUGUGAUAGCCAAAAUGACUGCAGUGAUAAUUCAGAUGAAGAAAACUGUAAGCCACAAACCUGUACAGUGAAAGAUUUUCUCUGUGCCAAUGGGGACUGUGUUUCUUCAAGGUUUUGGUGUGAUGGAGAUUUUGAUUGUGCAGAUGGCUCUGAUGAGAGAAAUUGUGAAACAAGUUGUUCCAAAGAUCAGUUCCAGUGUUCCAAUGGUCAGUGUAUAUCAGCAAAAUGGAAAUGCGAUGGCCAUGAAGACUGUAAAUAUGGAGAAGAUGAGAAAAACUGUGAGCCAGCUUCUCCUACUUGCUCAUCAAGUGAAUAUAUAUGUGCCAGUGGAGGAUGUAUUUCAGCAUCUUUGAAAUGUAAUGGAGAAUAUGAUUGUGCUGAUGGUUCAGAUGAGAUGGGCUGUGUGACUGAGUGUAAGGAAGAUCAGUUUCGAUGCAGAAAUAAAGCCCACUGUAUUCCAAUUAGAUGGCUUUGUGAUGGAAUUCAUGACUGUGUGGAUGGCAGCGAUGAAGAGAACUGUGGCAGAGGAGGAAAUAUAUGUAGAGCAGAUGAGUUCCUUUGCAAUAAUUCCCUCUGCAAACUACAUUUCUGGGUGUGUGAUGGAGAAGAUGACUGUGGAGACAACUCUGACGAAGCCCCUGACAUGUGUGAAAAAUUUCUUUGCCCACCCACAAGACCGCACAGAUGCAGAAAUAACAGAAUAUGCCUGCAGCCUGAGCAAAUGUGCAAUGGGGUUGAUGACUGUGGGGACAACUCGGAUGAAGAUCCCUGUGGUGGUAAGCUUACAUAUAAAGCAAGACCUUGUAAAAAAGAUGAGUUUGCUUGCAGUAAUAAAAAAUGUAUCCCCAUGGACCUCCAGUGCGAUCAACUUGAUGACUGUGGAGAUGGUUCAGAUGAACAAGCCUGCAGAAUAACUCCCGCUGAAUAUACCUGUGAAGAUAAUGUGAAUCCAUGUGGAGAUGAUGCAUAUUGUAACCAAAUAAAAACAUCUGUUUUCUGUCGCUGUAAGCCUGGAUUUCAGAGAAACAUGAAAAACAGACAGUGUGAAGACCUUAAUGAAUGUUUGGUGUUUGGCACGUGUUCCCACCAGUGUGUAAAUAUGGAAGGAUCCUAUAAAUGUGUGUGCGACCAGAAUUUUCAAGAAAGAAAUAACACCUGCAUAGCAAAAGGCUCUGAAGAUCAAGUUCUCUACAUUGCUAAUGACACUGAUAUCCUGGGUUUUAUAUAUCCAUUCAACUACAGUGGCGAUCAUCAACAAAUUGCUCAUAUUGAACAUAAUUCAAGGAUAACAGGGAUGGAUGUAUAUUAUCAGAGAGAUAUGAUUAUUUGGAGUACUCAGUUUAAUCCAGGCGGAAUUUUCUACAAAAGGAUCCAUGGCAGAGAAAAAAGGCAAGCAAACAGUGGCUUGAUUUGUCCGGAAUUUAAAAGGCCCAGGGAUGUUGCAGUUGACUGGGUUGCCGGAAAUAUUUAUUGGACUGACCAUUCUAGAAUGCACUGGUUCAGUUACUACACUACUCACUGGACCAGUCUGAGGUACUCUAUCAACGUAGGACAGCUGAAUGGCCCCAACUGCACCAGACUCUUAACAAAUAUGGCUGGAGAACCCUAUGCUAUUGCUGUAAAUCCUAAAAGAGGGAUGAUGUACUGGACCAUUGUUGGGGACCACUCCCACAUAGAAGAAGCGGCCAUGGACGGUACUCUGAGAAGAAUUUUAGUACAAAAGAAUUUACAGAGACCCACAGGUCUGGCCGUGGAUCAUUUCAGUGAACGGAUAUACUGGGCUGACCUUGAGCUCUCUGUUAUUGGCAGCGUUCUAUAUGACGGCUCUGAUUCAGUAAUCUCUGUCAGCAGCAAACAAGGCUUGUUACAUCCACACAGGAUUGAUGUCUUCGAAGAUUAUAUAUAUGGAGCAGGACCUAAAAAUGGUGUAUUUCGAGUACAAAAAUUUGGCCAUGGUUCAGUAGAGUACCUAGCUUUAGAUGUUGAUAAAACAAAAGGUGUUUUGAUUUCUCAUCGCUAUAAACAACUAGACUUACCCAAUCCAUGCUCGGAUCUAGCAUGUGAGUUCCUCUGUUUGCUGAAUCCCUCCGGGGCCACCUGUGUGUGCCCAGAAGGAAAAUAUUUGAUUAAUGGCACCUGCAAUGAUGACAGCCUGUUAGAUGAGUCAUGCAAACUGACUUGUGAAAAUGGAGGAAGAUGCAUUUUAAAUGAGAAAGGUGAUUUGAGGUGUCACUGUUGGCCUAGUUAUUCAGGAGAGAGAUGUGAAAUCAACCACUGUAGCAACUACUGUCAAAAUGGAGGAACUUGCGUGCCAUCAGCUCUAGGGAGACCCACCUGCAGCUGUGCACUAGGGUUUACUGGACCAAACUGUGGUAAGACAGUCUGUGAGGAUUUUUGUCAAAAUGGAGGGACCUGCAGUGUUACUGCUGGGAACCAGCCUUACUGCGACUGCCAGCCUGAACACACUGGAGACAGAUGUCAGUACUAUGUGUGUCAUCACUACUGUGUGAAUUCUGAAUCCUGUACCAUUGGGGAUGACGGAAGUGUGGAAUGUGUCUGUCCAACACGCUACGAAGGACCAAAAUGCGAGGUUGACAAAUGUAUAAGGUGCCAUGGGGGACAUUGCAUUAUAAAUAAAGACAGUGAAGAUAUAUCUUGCAACUGCACUAAUGGAAAGAUUGCCUCUAGCUGCCAGCUAUGUGAUGGCUACUGUUACAAUGGUGGCACGUGCCAGCUGGACCCAAAGACAAAUGUACCUGUGUGUCUAUGCUCCACCAACUGGUCAGGCACACAAUGUGAGAGGCCGGCCCCAAAGAGCAGCAAGUCUGAUCAUAUCAGCACAAGAAGCAUAGCCAUCAUUGUGCCUCUCGUCCUCCUGGUGACUUUGAUAACCACCUUGGUAAUUGGUUUAGUGCUUUGUAAAAGAAAAAGAAGGACAAAAACUAUAAGAAGACAACCUAUUAUCAAUGGAGGAAUAAACGUAGAAAUUGGCAAUCCAUCUUACAACAUGUACGAGGUGGAUCAUGAUCACAGCGACGGAGGUCUUUUAGAUCCUGGCUUUAUGGUAGAUCCAGCGAAGCCCAGGUAUAUAGGGGGAGGGACCAGUGCUUUCAAGCUUCCACACACAGCGCUGCCCAGCUACCUAAACUCUGAUUUGAAAGGACCACUAACCGCUGGGCCAACAAAUUACUCCAAUCCAAUAUAUGCGAAAUUGUAUAUGGAUGGGCAAAACUGUCGAAACUCCUUAGGAAGUGUUGAUGAAAGGAAAGAACUGCUUCCAAAGAAAAUAGAAAUUGGGAUAAGAGAGACAGUGGCAUAAUGAGCGGUACCUUUUAUAUACUGUAUAAAUGUAUAAAAUGUAAGGAUUACUUUUGUAUGUUCCAACAGUAUUAUACUUGUUUUGGGAUCAGCAUUACCUCUUCCUUUAUCUUUUUUCUGGUCAAUUGUUUUCUGAGUUUUCUGGGUUUUAUUUUUUGCUGAUGACUACUGAUUGACCAUUUGUAUGGUAUUUUUAUUAAAAAGAACUGCACUACAGUACAAUUUACACCA